CCCCACUAGGUGCGUGUCAACCAUAGCCAUACCAUGUGUGUGAAUGUGCACAUGUAGGCUCUGCGGUGUCCUUCAACCAUUCAUAACCAUUACUUAUUUCUCUGAGACAAGGAGAUUGAGCGACCAGGCAGACUAGGUGCGUGAAAUCCCACACCGGUAAUGGAACGGUAGAGCGCAAUCGAGCUGGACAUCUACGCUGGGGUCGAGUAAGGUUGAGAAGCUCACCAUAAGGCUGCGAAGCUCCACGAUUGUGCGUAGCUGGAUCGAAAGCAGACGUAUGAGUGGAGUCGUACGGCUCCUCGCCUUGUUGAUGGACCUGGCUUCGGAAUUCUCGAGCCCAGGCAAGAUCUCACCUGAGGUUAUGUGGACGGCGAAACCGACAUGGGGUGCUGCGAGCAAAUCUCGAAUCUACACUGGCCAAAAGCGGCCAUUACCCAUGGGGGUCAUCUUCAAAACAAUCCUAGCAGACACAGUAGGAAUGGGCGGCUUUUACAGAUGGGGCAGUGAGGGAAUAAUUCAAGGCAACAGAUCCGAAUGAUUGUUUGCAUCCAGACAGUCCUGAGAUCGACCGGGUGUCGCCAUGGCCAGGUAGAUUGUGG